CACGGGCCUCGGGCAAUUAUUUGGUGGAUGGUCUCGCUAGUGCUGCAUAAGAAUAUCAUCCACCUCGGAUUCGGGUGGAUGGUGCUUUUCAAAAAAGUAGAAUAGAAUUUACAGCUAGCUCAAAACCUGCCGCUCCUCUUGAUACUAUAGGAGAAGAACCACCGGAAGAGUACAAAGGAACUCGGAAAUUCACAGCCACUUUGGGACAUUUGGCUUUGUACAAAGGGCCUGAAGAUGAGGGACAACCGGCUUCCUUUAUCUCUGGUUACACGACACCUGGCCCAAAGGAAAGGGCCACAAGCGAUCAUAAGAAGGCGAAUCUUGGAGUUCUUCUUGGUGUCUACCUACCUACGAUUCAACAUAUUCUUGGUGUUACCAUGUUCAUUCGACUUUUUUGGGUGGUUGGAAUGGCCGGACUAUGGUGGACACUAGUGCUACUAGCUAUAUGUUGUUCAUGUACUUUACUCACCUCCAUCUCCUUGUCAGCAGUAGCCACUAAUGGAGUUGUCGAAAGUGGAGGAGCUUACUUCAUUAUCAGUCGCAAUUUGGGAGCUGAGUUUGGGUCAGCUGUUGGUAUCCUCUUUUAUCUGGCAAACACCGUAGCAGCCUCUAUGUACAUCGUUGGAGGUGUAGAAGUCUUACUGGUA